GGAUUAAAUUGCAGUUUCUGGUUUUUUUUAAGCUUAUUUAAUUACGCCUUUUAUAAUUCAAUAACGUAUUGUAAUAAAAUAUAUAUUAUCGUUUUAUUAGUACUAAUACUUUUAUCAAAUAACGAUAAUAAGCUGACUAUAACUUUCAUCGGUAGGAACUAACCGCCAAUUGUUUUUUUGUAAAAAUAAUAUGCGUAAACGGAUCGUCUUAUGUUACGUUUUGUGCACAUAUUACGAUGUUAGCUAGACGUACAGUUACAGUCUAAAACAUCGUUACGUCAAAGCGCCACUCCCACGAUUUCUAGUCGUAUUCAAGUAUACGUGCAUGAGUUUGGAACUAGGUCAAAUCUGUACUCCUUAUAUAUGACACGAUCUCGCCAAAUUACCAGGGCGCUCUUCGGCUGCCAAGCGUUUUGUAUUCUGAUGCUGAGAUAACCUGCCGGACUGCAUAGAACAUUUAUAGUGCGGGUUCAUGUGUGUAAAUGAGGCUUCGCUUUUGGGCUUUCGGUAAAGCUCAGAAGCGAGCGAGCGGGAGGAGUGGAGAGCGCAGGCGCGUGGGGGCGCUGGCGUCGCCCGCGAGGCAGUCCCGUGCGCGUCCUCGUAUCCGCGCCACCUGCGUUCUGCUGUCCCGUCCACCGAAAGCAGUCUGCCGUAGAUCGCAUUCGACCAAUGAUAAAAUAAUGAUCUCGCACUAUAGCCACAUUCUACAUAGUGUUUGAUUAGUUGUUUAAGUGAUCAAAUCGCUUCAAGUGUAGUCACGAGAGCAUUGCGACCGGUCCAGAUAGAGAGGCUACGCCGGUCUCACGCCCGACUAUAGCGGAAUGCGGUAAUUUUAACUACUGCGGACCCCAGGACCCAUUGAAGAAUAGGGAUCAAACGACAACGGCCUACGAAUUAAGAUUUUGAAAAGAAAACAUUAAUUGCAAACGAUGAUCCAUCAACAAUGAGUCGCCGUGCGCGGCCGUGACAUGGGAGCGCAGGCAUGGGCUGGCGCGCCGUGCAACCGCCGCACAUCGCCGCCGGCUUGCUCCUCCUGCUGCUUGUCAAUCUACCAGUGACCUGCCAUCAAGACCACCAAGAUGCCGUGCACAUCACGGCUAUCCUCGGUGAAAGUGUCGUGUUCAACUGUCAGGUGGAUUUUCCCGAAGAUAUCCCGGUGCCGUACGUGUUGCAGUGGGAGAAGAAGGUAGGCGAAACGGGACAGGACAUCCCGAUCUACAUCUGGUACGAGAGCUAUCCGACGCAUAGCGGGGAGGGCUACGAAGGCAGAGUGUCCCGCGUCGCAACCGACUCACCGUACGGCGCCGCAAGCCUCAACCUCACCAACAUUCGAGAAUCGGAUCAGGGUUGGUACGAGUGUAAAGUGGUUUUUCUCAACCGAUCACCAAACCAGCAUAAGAAUGGUACAUGGUUCCACUUGGACGUGCACGCGCCACCUCGCUUCUCCAUCACACCGGAAGACAUUAUAUACGUUAAUUUAGGCGAUGCGAUUAUACUUAACUGCCAAGCAGAGGGAACACCAACUCCUGAAAUACUAUGGUAUAAAGAUGCAAACCCCGUCGAACCAUCCGGUACUGUAGGUAUAUUUAACGAUGGAACCGAACUGCGAAUUAGUAACAUUCGACACGAAGACAUCGGUGAUUACACGUGUAUAGCGCGGAAUGGAGAAGGUCAGGUAUCUCACACGGCACGUGUCAUUAUCGCUGGUGGAGCUGUCAUAACCAUGCCACCGACAAAUCAAACUAAACUGGAAGGAGAGAAAGUCCAGUUUUCGUGUGAAGCGAAGGCUCUGCCCGGAAAUGUGACUGUGAAGUGGUUUCGUGAGGGUGCACCUGUGGCCGAGGUGGCGGCUUUGGAAACAAGAGUCACCAUCCGCAGAGACGGAGCUCUUGUCAUUAACCCUGUAGCUGCUGACGACUCCGGACAGUAUUUGUGUGAAGUUUCUAAUGGCAUCGGAGACCCACAAAGCGCAUCGGCCUAUCUUAAUGUUGAAUAUCCGGCGAAAGUAACCUUUACACCCACAGUUCAGUAUUUGCCCUUCCGUUUGGCCGGAGUGGUUCAAUGUUACAUAAAAGCCAAUCCACCUCUGCAGUACGUUACUUGGACAAAAGACAAGAGAUUAUUGGAGCCUUAUCAAACGAAGGACAUUGUUAUAAUGAACAACGGAUCAUUGUUAUUUACCAGAGUUAACCAAAAUCACCAGGGCCGGUACACUUGCACUCCUUAUAACGCUCAAGGAACCCAAGGUUCUUCUGGUCCAAUGGAAGUUCUAGUUCGGAAACCACCGGUGUUCACAGUGGAACCCGAACCAUUAUAUCAGAGGAAGGUCGGUGAAUCUGUAGAGAUGCACUGCGAAGCACAAGAGUCUGAAGGCACACAGCGACCGAGCGUGACGUGGCGGCGGCGUGACGGUCUACCGCUUCAGAAGAACAGAGUCCGAGCUGUGGGCGGAAACAUCACCAUCGAUACACUGCGCCGACAAGACUUUGGUAUCUACCAAUGUGUCGCGUCCAAUGAGGUGGCAACAAUCGUAGCGGACACGCAAUUAGUGAUAGAAGGCACGCAACCCCAUGCUCCGUACAAUGUGUCUGGAACAGCAACUGAGUUCCAAGUUACUUUGCGGUGGCAACCAGGAUACGCCGGAGGUCCUGACUACAAACAGGACUAUACGAUAUGGUACAGGGAAGCUGGAUUUUCUGAGUGGACCAAAGUUCCCGUGACGCCCCCUGGUGCUACAUCUGUAACAAUUAACCGUCUACAACCUGGGACAACAUACGAGUUUCAAGUAAAUAGCAAGAAUACUAUAGGCGAAGGAAUGAUGAGUAAAGCAAUUACAAUAAGAACGCUCGAUGUAGGUGCCAAGCCAAAGGUACCCACGACCGCCGCUGGUCCUAUCGACGAAAAGAUAUUUCAAAACGCACCUGAAGGCUCCGGCCCGAAACCAGGUCCCCCACGGAAUCUGACAGUGACAGAGGUUCAUAAUGGAUUCUUAAUAACUUGGCAAGGACCUUUAGAACGUGCGCAGCUUGUUCAGUACUACACCAUCAAGUACCGCACUGACGCGCAGUGGAAGACCCUCAACAGGGGCCAGAUACGACCUGAAGAGACCAGUUAUUUAGUUAAGAACUUAGUCGGCGGGCGUACUUAUUAUUUUCGAGUACUCGCGAACUCGGCGACCAGCUACGAGAGUUCGGACGAAGUGAGGUUCCCGGUGCCGGCACGCGUGAAGCACAAAGCGAUCACGGCUGGUGUCGUGGGUGGGAUUCUGUUCUUCAUCGUCGCCAUCAUACUGUCCGUGUGUGCCGUCAAGAUAUGUAACAAGCGUAAACGGCGUAAGCAGGAGAAAGCAUACAACAUGGUAGCGGCGCGACUCACAGACCUCCGCGCAGCUGACAGCACUCAAGUGCCUUUUAAAAAAUUUAGUGAACGCGGAAUAUCGAGUUUAGUGCAGUGUUUGCGGUUUACUGCGAAUUGGGUAUGGCCGGCGUCGCGAUGCGGAGGUGAGGCGCCGUACUGGAUGCAGGCGCAGGUGUCGGCGCCCUCUGCGUCCCCCGCUCCCUCCCUCGCGCCCUCCGUCGCUCCCUCCCUCGCACCCUCGUCCUCCGAUGACGGUGGAUUCUUGCCGCGUCUACGCGCUCCUCUUCGCCCUUCUGCCGCACCACCUAUGUUUCGUGCCUCGUCGCCGGCGCUGGCAAUGCACUGGCCGCGGUGGCCGCCCUGGCCUCCUUGGGCGGCGGCCUGGACGCCAUGGUCGCCUCUUCACGUUUCCGACCUCAGUUCGGUCCCGUUUCCGAGCUCAGCUGACGGAUCGUUUCCGACCCCUCCGUCGCCUUUCCGUCUGCGAUCCAUUCGGCAAAGCGGUGAGCCUAUUCGUGGCGUCAUCGGUGGACUUGGGCGGCCGAGGGCCCGGCCGCAAUCGAGACACGCCAGGCCUCGCACGGUCGUAGACGCGCCUCCACCUCCACACGAAGCUUCUCCCGAGAGUCGAUCGUCAUCCAGUGGGUUUGGAAGCAAAAACGCGUCUUCAACUCAGCAGAACCGGAGCAGUCGGACCGGCAGCCUGGCGGAAUGGCGACCACCGCCGUACCGACCUCCACCACCGGCGCCCCCGCCUCGGCCAUGCUCAGGUGAGGCAGGGGAUGCGGGCUCGGUGGACGUGCACUAUGAGUGGGACCGCGCGACUCGCACCCCUACUCCUUCGACUCCGGAGCGCACACGUGCUCGACCAACGCGGGACGAUGUAGAAGCACGUGUUCGAGCCAUGAAAGAAGAGUUCCUGGAGUUCCGCAAGCGCCAGGCGUUGCGUCGGCGCUCACCGGAGCCGCUGUCGCCCCUGGGCUCGCUGGUCGCGCCCGCUCCCGCGCCCGCGCCCGCACCCGCUGAGACCGUCUGCUGAUCGCCACCGGCUCUGCUGCUUCCCACCGUAUCACAUUUUAACUGACGCAUGUUAAUCGCUAGAAAUCGAAACGAAUAUUUCCACUGAUUUACAAAUACGGAUGUUAGGCGCUUCGUCCUCGAACACAUUCAGCAAGAUGUAAAUCGUUCGACGCGCUCCGAGAGUAGGACAAUCGUGAAUUAGCCACGAUUUCAUGCGUACUCAGUUUAAAGGUUGAUGCAUCCCACCACGGUCGCUACGAUCCUAGUGGCCAUUAUUUUUAAAUAGUUUAGGACCGACAGGUGAGUCGUAAAUCGACUUUGACUUUAAUACUUAACGUAUGUUUAAAAGUGGAUGCAGUGACGUUACGUCCACGUUGCCUGCUCGCCUUAACCGAUAGUUGAAUGCUCUAUCUACGAAUGAAUGUCAAUUAUAAUGUUGUACAACUUUUUACAUCUGAAAGUCUGUAAACAAUUUAGUGAUCCAGUAUGUUUUAAAUAACCAUCUACACAGGUACUCGUACGUCCUCCUCAUUAAAACUAAAACCGUGCCUAAAAUCUUAGUAUAGGUAUUUAGGUUUACCCUUGUUUGAAUAAACAGAAGUGCUAUAGAAACGUGCCUAUUAUUAAAAAAAAAAAACAUUUUGAUAUCGAUCAAUUGUAAAUCGCAUAAUCUUAAUAUUUAACAACGAACAAUUGAAACUAUAAUUCAUGUCCUCUGGGAUGUUACGUUAGAUGGGAUGGGAUAUACAUGGAUUAUUUAUAGGGUUCCGGUAUAGUUUGUUGGUACGGUUGCGAGUCCUGCAGGCAGCGCGGGCGGCGUGCACCUACACGCUUUAGGUAUGAGCGGGGAGGCAUCCACGACACCGCUCAUACCAACAUUAUAUUGUAGUUAUUAACGUUAAAUUACGAAUAAUGUUUAAUAAACGAGUCUCAACAGCGGACGGUCACUGAGGGGGGACGCGUGCGAAACAUAUUAAUGUUAUUAUUACUUUUAGUGUGUAUAUACAAAUUCGGUAUGGGACAUUUUGAUUGGGCUCCAGAUCGUGACACGACAGCGCCUCGUCCCUGAGUGACCGCACUUGAUAGAGUUCGAAAAUAAAUAUACAAUCAAAAUAAUCAUUAAGUAGAUCCUAGAUAUAAUUUAGAAUGAUAAUGUGAUCGGAUUUGUUUUUUACUUUAUAAUGGAUUAUAAUUUUUGAAGUACAAAUUUUAUUAUUAUAUUAUUAUUACUAUUUUUAUUUUAGUUUUUCAUCUCAAGAUAUAAUUUAAAAACUGUACAUAUGUAAAAACUUAGAUAUUAUAUUACAUUCUUAUUUAUUUUAUAAAUUAUUGUAAUGGAAAAACUUAUUGCAAACGCUUAAGGCAUUGCACGCUGACGUUCUAGCCUUCAAAAGACAAAUCAAUUGAUAAUAGUUUAAUAAUGAAAAUUUUAAUGAUCCGGAACAACAGUUAGCUAACUGAAUUCAAUAAGAAAUAAUAUAAUAUUUGAUUAUACAUUUACAUACGAGUGUCUACGUUUUAUAUGCAUUUCCUGCUAGCGUGGCGUGUUAAUGACCUGUGUACUUUGCAUCAUUAAAGUCAAUUGUUUUAUACUGUACAAGUUUCGUAUUGAAUGUUAAGUUUUUUUCAACGUUAUUACUUGGUUUAAUUAUUGUUGUAUUGUAGAGCUACAAAAUUAUAUAAAUCUGAUUUAAAGCACGUGUACUGAUUAAUUUCACUUAUAUUUUUAGUCAUUUAAUAAUUUCCACCUUUCGAAUAAAUAAAAACACGAGAUUAAUACGUACAAGUGCUUUUUAAAUGAUCGUGCACUCGUAAAAUCCUCACAAAGUUCUAUGUAUCGAUGUUAUUUUUCCCUAAAUCCUUAUUUACGUUCUUAUCGGUUCCUGAAGCGAUCCCACCUAUACUAUAGUUGACCAGUCAAAACACAAGACUGUUUAGUGUUACGUUUGUUAGUAGAUUUAUCAAAAAAAGUGCUAGAGAACUCCUUAAAGUGCACGUUACACUUUUGUACUUAUUAUUUUGAAGGCAAUACUUUUAAUUCGAAUAUCAAUGUUAAGGAACUUUUAAGAAGUAAGAUUAAAAAUGUACGCUUUAAAGAGAUUGAGUAAUUAACAUAAACGAUAGAUAGGUACGGUAAGAUGUAGUUAACGCGUGCAUGUACUUACUGGAGUGACGCGCGGGAAUAAGUACGCCUGCGUUCUCGACUGUUUUAAAACGGAUUUCUUUAUUUUAUGAACAAUCUGAAAUUACAAUACCUUGUCUUACACAAUACAGUUUUAAGUAAGUCCUCUGGAAGUUUACCUUAUUUUUAAUGCCAAAUAGUUGGUUGAGAGUGAGCUCUCUGAGCUCAAAAGUUAUGAGCCAACGAACUGGAUAUUUUACUUGUAAAAUUUGCAAGUGAUUCUUCUUUUGCGGUAGAUAUUUUUAAACUGGAUAGAUAAUAAUUAGAUUCGAUAAUAAUGUGCAAUAAAAUUUACCGUAAUUAAAUACAACAUAAAUUAUUAUAAUUAUGCUCAAACUUUUUGACUGACCAACUGUAAAAUAUUAAAGGUUAAAACAAUCGUAUUACGAUAAUACGCCUAAUUUCAUAAUUUGGUACGAAUCAAAGAAAAAACUGUUCCGACUUUAAGGUUCAUUUAAAUUUAAGAAAAUGUUUUCUGUGUACAGUAAAUCUUAAUUUUACGUCAAAUACUGCAGCAAGCAUAUCAAUCGAGAAGAGCAUUUACAAACUCGUUUAUGAUUAUCUCGUUUAUCUACAUUGGUAUAUGUACUUACUUACACAUAAAAUGGUAUACCUAGUAGAAAUCUUAAUUGUAAAUUAAAGUGGAUUCGAUCGCAUCGCAAACACUGGGAGAGCACUGAACACAACAUUUAUUAUUACGUAGCUGCACAACUUUUAGUGCCUAGUUUGAGUAGGUUCUAUUUCUGAAUUUUAUCGGAAGUGUAACAAACAAUAUUGAAUCGAACAGCAUUACAACGUCGAAGACUUAAACUCAAUUAAAAUGUGCUGUCUAAGGUACAUCGUAAUUACUAAUUAUUUUGACAAAUUUAUAAGUACACUAUACAAUUCAUAGAAGAUGAUAAAAUAUAGCUCAAACCAUGUGAUAUCUAGUCUUUGCUUUAUCGUUACAAAAUAAACCUCAACGUUUUAAUGCGUUCAAAAGGACGUACAUACGUAAUAGGACUGCAUGCUCAGCAACGAAUUCUUAAAAAGAGUCCUCCGUCUAUAUGGUCGGCCUGAGAUAUCAGUGUGCUUAGUGCGAGUUUUUUAACGUUUUCGAUAGCGUAAAAGUUAGCUCAUAUUUGUAUGGAAUGGGAUCGUUUGCCUACGUUUGCCGUCAGGGGCGCUGUUCUAACUGCAUACAAAAUUGGGUUAACUUUUACGCUAUCGAUAACGUUAAAAAACUCGCACUAAGCACAAUGGUCGAUGGUUUUCGGCGAACUUUAAAUAAUACAUUACAUCAAAAAAUUUAAUCCUAUUAAGUACUUAUUUUUCGUAACUUUACUAACGAAGCAUUGUACCCGAUGUCGGAGCAUUUUUAUUUUGUUUCAAUGAUUCAUUUGAAUGAAAUGAUUAUAGCACCUUACGUAUUAUGUUCAUUCGCGACUCGAACAUAGCCUAAUAAGAUAAUAUCCAAAUUAACUAUUAUGGACUAAAAUGAAAAGAUAGCAAUAUUUUAGAAUAAUGUAAAUCGUAUAUCAGUUUGAAUAUAAGCAAAGUAAUUAAAUGAAAAUUCUUGCACGACGGCAGUUAUGUAUUGCGAUGAGAAGGCACUCGAUAUUAAAACGUAAGGCAUUAUGCACAAUAUCUCAGCACAAUAUGUAACAAUAAAGUGUUUAUAUCCAACAUUUUGAUUAGCACUUUCGAAUAAUCGAAUAUACAUUUGCCUUGUGAACCUGAAGUUGCUCGAGCAACGUUUUUGGAUUGUGGUCUCUAUUCUAAUUUUUACACAUAGAAUAUUUUUAGUUUAUAAGUGUUGAGAUCGUGUGUUUACUGUGUAAGCACGAAAGGUUCAAUUCAAAAGAAAAUACAAUAACGUUGCUACGAUAAAAA